UUAAUUGCAGAUGCAGAGCCAUGUGUGCAGCAAAAUAUUACAAUAUGGAGUGGCACACUUCAGUCUCCUAAUUACCCAUCCCCCUACUCACCAAAUAUGGACUGCUACUGGCUGAUUCAAGUGGCUGAAGGGAAUCUCGUUGAAAUAGACUUUCAAGAUUUAUCGGUAAGAAUAAAAAGAAGGGAAUGUCUCGAUUAAUUUUAAGCUAAUAAAACUUCAGCAUCUUAUUGCUCUUUCAUUGUACUUUUUCAUUGUGCCCGUGAAAGGAUAUGUGAAAAUGAAUCCGGACGAAACCAGCGUUUUGUCAACUUGUCUCUACGUAAAUGAGAUUGACUUCAUUUUAAGCUAUUUUAGACACCAACUGAGUAGUAAUGGAGGCCACUUGCCCCAGUAGCCAAUCAGCGUUGAGUAUUUAGGUCACGUGACAAAAAUGGACCAAUCAUCGUUCGAUUUGAAAAUGAUGACGUCACAGAUUUUGAAAAAAAACACGCACACUUUUCUUGUAGAUUUGCCUCUUCACUUUCUGAGUUGACCACAGCAACAGUUAAGGAUAGGUUAUGAAUAAAGUAUCCCGACAGACGAUUACGGCCCAUUUUAAUUUCAGUAAAGCGACGCUCCUUUGGGUAUGGUUUCAAACAAUAUAUACACAUUUUCUCUUCUCCUCUUUUUUUUUAGAUGACGGCGUAUCCAGAUCGUACGGUAUGGAUUAUGUCUCCCCGGUUACUCCCAUAACUGUGGAAUAUAUCUUUGAACGUGUACUAGACAAAGUAUAGGCAGGGAUAUAUCCUAAUAGGAAGACUAGGAGAAAUUUAAUUGUUCUCUAGAUGUAUACAGUGUAUACUAGAAAUACUGGGACGGUAUUUGCAUCGAAAUUCAGAAGUGAGAAAGGAAAAGUAGAUCUCGUCUUUAAUUAUGGAAGAGCUGGGACGAAAGAAGCUAGACUCGCUAGUUUUAAGUUGAAGAUAUUGUCUUAUGAUUGUAAAAACCUUACUCCAUCAUAGCUUUAAAAAAUUCUUUCAGAGUGUAAGAACCAACUCCACUUUUCGUUUCUCUUCGGUAGUCCGGUCAGAGCUGCAUGAUAUCAGUUAGAAGAUAUUUUGACGGACUCUAUGUUUACAAGAGAGAGAGCAAGAGGUUGCAAUUACUGCAAUUGGUUAUCUUACCGUAUAGAUUACUCACCCAAGACCUGGGACAGUACAGUAGGGUUCUUUAGCACCAAAUAUAUUGUCAGUAUGCACAGCACUGGAUUCAGAUUACUUAAGAAAUGACUCAGUAAUAGAUUACUAAUUGACGUCCUUAUCUUAAUUUUAAACAGGCGGAAAAGGAUGCAAACUGUCCGAAUGAUUAUAUUGAGAUCUUGGAUGGUUCGUAUGGAAGCACUGACGUAAAAACGCGCUUGUGUGGCUUCAGUUUGCAAGACGUUGACGAGAAAACGUUUAUUUCUAGCAGUAAUAUGUUACUUGUGCAUAUGCACACAGAUGGUGACAAGGAAAAUAGAGGCUUUUUAGCAAAGCAUAAAGGUAUAAAACUACGUGAAUCGAAACCUGGAACGUCGGAACCCGGCUAAUAUACCGAAUCCAAAUACUCCUGAAUGUUCAAAGGGGGUGCUUAAUUCUGUUUGCUGAAAUAGCAAAUUAUAGAAAGCCCUCUAGCAAGGUCUUGACCAGAAAACAAGACUACUUGCCUGUGGUUUCUGGCAUUCUAUGAUUGUUCGGAAUAUAAUCUAUAUUCUCUCAUAGAAAACCUGGCAACGUUGUAUUUAAUUCUUAAUGAUGACGUGACAAUAAUAGUGACGAUUCGUAGACAAGCAUCAUAGUUCUUAUAAUAUAUAUAUAUAUAUAUAUAUAUAUCUGUUUGGAUUUGAAAAAAGGUACCUUUAGAAAUUUCAAGUGCGUUUUAAUAAUUUGACCCUUGAGGUCAAUAAAAAGCGGUUGAAAGUCGCUAGUUAGGACUUAAACCGGACGAAUUAAUUGCUGGCAACACACGAAAAGUUGCUCUUGGCAAAAGAUUUGUAACGAAAUGAACAACAUUUAAAAGCACAGAAAUAAUGACCUAUCAGUCUCUUAAACUAUGAUCAUGACGCUCUUAGCGAGAUGCCCGACUAAAACAGUCCUAGAGUUCACCUCUCUUGACCCCACAAUCGGUUAUCUAAGACAAAAUCACUUCAACUAAACACUUACAAAGAGUUUUCAUGCUUGUACACAAUAUUUUUAUAGCACGAGCGCCACGACAUACCCAAAAUUUGUCUGUCAACAACUUCAGGAAAUUAGACAAUUAAAAAAGCUACUUUUUGAGGCCAGAGACUUGUCACCGACCACAUCAAAGCUGGCAAUAUAAUGCCUUUCGGUCUCAAGCCCGAGAUCAGUAUUUCACCCGUUUAGCCAAAAUGAGACGAAAUACGCUAACAUAUUGGACGACGGCAGACUUUGCCAAUAGUGAGACUUGUUCCUUCAUAAGGCUUAAUGAUGCCUUCAGGAAAACUUUGCUGCAGGCGGCCAAAAUUAACCGACCACGGAAAACUUCCACUGCGCGCGCUGAUUUCAAAUGUCAUAGUGUUUUAUGACAAGGAGAGAAUUAUGGGAAAUGAUAGGUAGGGAAGAGCUGCGCGGGGGGAGCGUUGGGGAAGAUGUAAACGGCAUAAAAAAACACAUGUUUUUUGAUCUACUGCAGCUUUUAACGAAAUUUUUGUACUGAAAAGGUCAUUAAAAAAAAUAAAAGAAUGGUCAAGUACUGAACAAGCCUCAAAUGGUUGCUAAAAAUUUCUGGAGGUUAAGAGGUGAAGACAUUCUCGUUUCAACUAAGCUUCGCGUUUGCUUUGAGUUCUCUUAAAAUAUUUAGGAGUGGUAACUAAAAAAGGAGCGUUGAGUUGUUUCUGUUGUGCACCUUCUCAGAUUGCAUUGAUCUGACCAUCUCUUCCUAUGUAUAUCUGACAAUAUACCAAGCAUGGCAUUAUAAGGAACCCUUGUGUGUUAUUUUUGUAAGUUAUCCGAGUUAUAGAUCGAAUGGGGCUGAAUCUCGAUACUUAUCUUUUCAAGCUUGCCUAUAAUUGCUUGCUGGUCUGUCAUUAGUUUUUGAGAUGACUGACUAAAUGUUUUGCCUCAGAUAUUAUACGAUACCCCUUUUAAAAACUGAGUUGGUGAUGUUUCUUUUUUAACAUUAAUUUGAUUAGUUAUGGAUGCUAGUUAACAAAAAAGAUAAACUACACUAAUAGCCUACGGUAAAAAUUAUCAAUAUAAACUAUUUCAUUGUUUGUUUCACUAAGGUAUCUGUGAUGUAAGGCUGACGACUUUGUGGGGAACCAUUAUGUCUCCAAACCAUCCCGAUAACUACCCAACAAGAUUAGCGUGCGUAUGGCUCAUUGAUCUUAGCCACGGGUAUCAUAUUACUCUGACUUUUCACAAAUUUAUGUUAGAAAAGAACGAAGGGUGUUCAUUCGACUGGCUAUCAGUGCAAGAAGGAAAUUCGCCAAGUUCUCCGGAAGUAACCAGAGUUUGUGGUGAUGUACUUCCCCCUAACAUAGAAGCUGAUGGACCAAUAAGGAUUACCUUCAACACAGACGGCGACAAAGAGUUUGAAGGGUUUCAUGUCUCAUAUCAUACAGGUAAAGCCUUAACCAAAGCAAAUAAAGAAAUCUUAUUAUCUAGCAACAUUGGAGACAACAAAAAUUCAUCGCUGACUCUGCACUCGUAA